AGGUGCGGGUGCUGAGUCACGAGUCCCAGGGCCCGGUGGGUGAGGAGGUGCGGGUCACGCGCAUCGCCAAGCGCAGCGGAAUGAGCAAGAUCCAGCUGGACGAGGCGGUGGCCGGGGACAUCGUGUCCGUUGCGGGAGCGGGUGCUGCUGGCAUCGCGGACACCAUUGCCAGCCCCGAGGUGACGGAGCCCAUGGACCCGGGCCGCGUGGACCCGCCCACACUGGCCAUGGUGUUUGGCCCCAACGACUCCCCGCUGGCCGGGCGGGCUGGCAAGGCGCUGACGGGUCGGGCCAUCGGUGAGCGGCUGCAGGCGGAGGCGGAGACCAGCGUCAGCCUCAAGGUGAAGCAGGUGCCAGGCGGUACCGAGCGCUACGAGGUCCAGGCUCGCGGCGAGCUGCAGCUGGGGGUGCUGAUUGAGAGCAUGCGGCGGGAGGGCGCGGAGCUGGCGGUGUCGCCGCCGCAGGUGCUGCUCAGGCGUGAUGAGCACGGCCAGGUGUUGGAGCCGCUGGAGGAGGUGAUGGUGGAGGUGGCGGACGAGGUGGCGGGCACGGUGCUGCAGGCGCUGUCGCAGCGGCGGGCGGAGAUGGUGGACAUGGCGCCGCUGCCGGACAUGGGCAAGCAGCGCCUGACCUUCAUCGCCCCCUCUCGCGGCCUCAUCGGGUUCAAGAGUGUGUUCGUGCACCUGACCCGCGGCGAGGGCAUCAUGUCUCGGGUGUUCCUGCGGUACGCGCCGCACAAGGGGCCGCUGGACGGAGUGCGCAAGGGUGUGAUGAUCUCGCUGGCGGAGGGCAAGGUGUCCACCUACGCGCUGGGCGAGCUGCAGAGCCGCGGCACCUUCUUCGUGACCCCGGGGGCGGACGUGUACGGCGGCAUGAUCAUCGGGGAGCACUCCAGGGAGGACGACCUGGAUGUGAACCCCGUGAAGGAGAAGAAGGCCAGCAACGUGCGCACGGUGGCCAGCGACGACAAGAUCUCCCUGGGCGCCCCCCGCCUCAUGACGCUGGAGGACGCAAUCGGGUAUGUUGCGGAGGAUGAGCUGAUCGAGGUCACCCCGGCCGCCAUCCGGCUGCGGAAGGAGAUCCUGGACGCGGGCGUGCGGCGGACUCGCGCUAAGCGGGCGGCACAGCAGAACCAGUAGUAGUAGUUGUUGUGGUAGUAGUAACAUGCAGUGAUCAGGGACAGGGUGAGCGGCAUGUGAUGUUUGGGCUGCUGUUGCUGCUGCUGUUGUGGGGUAGGGGUUUGCGAGCAGAGUGGCACCGCACCGAUAAGGGGUCAAAGCCAAUUUGGUUGGAUGCGAGGUUUGUGUUUGGACGAUGGAGGAGGAUUGUAACAGCUGCC